AUGCAAAAUAUUUUUCCUCUUGCUCAGAAAGCUGUAAUAGAACAAACAAUAGGUACUUCCAGGCCCAGCGCUACUCCUCCAGAAGGGCAGAAUGUAAAGGAAAGUAGUUUUGUCCACUCCAAGAUGUCUUUAUUUGAUGUUUUACCAAAAUGGUUCAAAGAUGAGGAAAUCUCAGAAAUUGAGAAAAUUUUUAUAUUGAAGAUAAACAGGAAACUGUUUUUAGAAGUUGUUAACACGAUAAAAGUAGAAGAGUUGACUUACAAUAAGACUGUUGACCUAGAAUAUAACAAGCUAACCAAUCAAAAUAGUGAUUCGAAAGAAGAUACUUUGAAUAAAGACAUUGCCAAAUACUACCUUAAAGUAAGAAAUAGCAUUAUCGAAAUGUAUAGAAAGUCACAGGGAUACAUCCCAUUCAAUUCCAUCCUGACUUUUCAAGGAUUUAACUAUAAAGUAUCUGCGAAAAUAUUUGAUUUUUUGGAAGACAGUAAAAUAAUAAACUAUCAAACUAAUCUGUGUGCAAUACUAAGCGAUUUGGAUGGAAUAUUAAAUGACGAAGACCCAGCUCAGCCUGAACAGCUAGAAACAUCAAAAGAUAAUAUUAAUACAACUCGCCUAGAUUUGUUAGCAAACAGUAUAGUUGCAGUUCAGCCAGAAUCAUCAAACGAUGUGAAGAUUAAGGAAAAAUACUUCAAAAAAGAAACGCUAGAAAAUAGUCAAUGCACCUGUGGUAGAAAAGCACAGUACUUCACUUCUGAUUUGGUAUUCGUCUGUGAGACAUGCUUUGAGUCUAACAAGUAUCCUGCAGGAUACUCUUCCCGCAAUUUUCAUAAAAUAACAGAUUCAUUAUUAAAAUCAAUGUGGACAAAACAGGAAGAGUAUAUCCUCCUGAAAAAUAUAGAAAGGGUUGGGGAUGAUUGGUCUAGAGUAUGUGAGGGCCUGAAUAAGAGUGUGGAUCAGUGUAUAUUUCAUUUUAUUAAAAUGUCAAUUAUUGAUGAAUGUAAUCUUUUCCCUUCCAUGCCUUUUACGCAGGUGCCCAAUCCCAUAAGUACCCUCGUGGCCUUCGUAUGCUCUAUGGUCUAUCCAUCCAUUUCGACUGAAUUGGCUAAGAAUGCAAUCAGGUAUCUGAAUAGUCCCAAUCUCAUGGAAAUUCUCCUUGAGGUAUCUAAAGAGAAGAGCAUGGAAGUGCUUGACAUGGAGAAAAAGAAGCUCCAGAAGCUAGAAAAUGUUGAGAUUGAGGCUAAGAUGAAGAGGGUGAUGCUUAAGAUUGAUUCAAUAAAUGAGAUGUAUGCAGAAGUUCAGGCAGUCCGUAGUGAGCUUGAAGAUCAACGAGAAAGGCUAAUUGAAGAGUCAAUAAGAAGUGAAUAA